AUGUCCAGUCCGCCCCCAGAGCUCGAAAAUGCCGCACCCCCUGCUCUGGUGAGGCUCGCAGGCGUGAGCCCGAUCGAUUCAGGCCAGGAGCAGCAGCCACCGGAGCAGCAGCAUCAGCAGCAUCAGCAGCAGCAGCAACCGGGGCAACAGCAGCAACCGGAGCAGAACCGCAUCGCCCACCCUCUCGCACCUCUGCUCAACCCCCGCGAGCCACGACAGGAGGCCUCCGUGCCGCAAGCCAGCAGUCUUCUCAACAACGCCGUCGGUGGCAAAUACGUCUCCGCCCCCCCCUCCUCCAUCGCCCCUGCUGGAGCGGUGACGACGACGACGACGACGCCGACACCGACACCGAUCCGUGCCCUUCGAGAUCAUGACCGCAGCAACGACGUAAAGGCUCGAACCUCGGUGCCGCUGCCGGAGCUGCCAGCGCAGCGGCAGUCGGGUCCGUCGUUGCUGACGCAGGCGUUGGCAUCCGCCCGUGGCAUUCAAAAUCCCAACGCCGCACCGCCGGCCAAUCCCGACGCCAACGGCCGACGCCAGUCGAGGACGAAAGCCGUCUCUUCAAUUCAUUCCCAUCUGCCGCCGCGAGAAAAGCAGUCCACCUUCCCCGCGCCCAUCAGAGAUGACGCCGCCGAGGAUGGUCAUCGAGGUGCCACGUCCCUGAAGCGAGCGACGACGCACCCGGUCGUCAUGGCCACCUCUGCCACCAUGCCCGUCGAUCCCGCUGCCGCCGUGGCCGGCCACGAUGCCGUCGAUGGCACCGCCUGCGACCAUUCCGUCCUGAGCCACGCCAGAGGCAUGCUCGCCGAGCACCGCGAAUUUCUCGACAGGACCAAGGGCAGGCUGUCGUCCCUCGAGCUCGACCGGCACGAUCAGCAUGGCCCGCGCCCCGCCGCCGGCUCGAAUCGGUCCGACAGCUCGACGACGCCGUUCGACGUCAGGUACGCCGAGGUGACGACGACCUCCCCGACGCAAUAUUCUCACGACGCCGCCAAGGACGCGCGGCAGACGUUCCGAGCCAAGCCGCUGGAGCAUACGUCGGCCGUGGCCGCCGAGAAAAAGGAAAAGGCCUGGUCCAUCGGCUCCGGUGACGGCGAUGCCGAGGACGGCUUGGUGGAGCAGUCGGUUGCCGAUGCCAUGGCCGGCGUCGAGCACAACGCGAGGAGCCGCAAGGCCAGCUACAGCCUUCGCUUCUUCAAGGAGGGCCUGCCGCCCGAGGACAAGGCACGCCGCAGGGACAACAAGUCCGGCCCGCGCGAGAAGCUGUCACCGACCCUGGAGGAGACGCCGAGGGCCCACGCCGACACCGCCGGAGCGUCGUCCGCCUCCAUCUCGAUGCCACCGCCAAAGCUGAGCGAAGCCCAACCCGCUGUCGCCCAUGCGCCCGAUGCCCCAUCGGCCCGAGCUGCCUCGCAGCACGUCACGAAAUAUACCGGCCUUCAAAUGGAUGGCGCGACCGGCGUCGUCGUCGCCGCGGCACCCUCCUCCUGGUUGGCCGAGUUCAAGGCCGACCGUCACGAGGACCCCAAGCCGGCCACGGCACCGCAAGUGGUUUCGGUGCCCGAAGUCGAGCGUUAUGACAGCGAUUCCGGCGCCGAGAGAGACCCGAACCUACCCGACGCCACCCCGAUGCAAGGUCAGUCCGACGCCGACGGGGAUUCCGAUGUCGAGGCGGACGCCGACGAGUCCGGCGAGGAAAACAUCUCCUCGGCCGUCUUCCUCCCCCAUCAGGAGAUGCCCGAAGCCCGUGGUUGCGCAAACGAAGGGGUCGCCUCGGCGCAUGCGCUUCGACCCAGAUCGCUGUCGCAGAGCAAGACGCACCCGUGGCUCGUCAAGGCCGACGAGCCCGAGCUCACGCCCGAACCGGAACACGAGUCCCCGGAUGAGGAUGAGACGCCGCGUGAACUGUCGCGAAUCGGAUCCCGUGAAGCACACGUGCCCCGCAUCGGCGAGCCGUCUCCGGCCCAAGCCGAGGAGACGGCCAUUCAGCGUUGCUUGGAGUUGAAAACCCAUGCUGCGGCGCCCAAGACGGUGACGCGACCCGAAGAUGUCGUGCAUGACCAUCAGCACGAGUCUCGCGAACCCCUCGAAGCCAUCGAGCUCAUCCCAUACAAGCACCAGGUCGGCGGUCACACCACGCUGUACAUUGGCGUUUUGAACGUGACGUUUCAGAAGCAGCCCCGACGCAAGAGCAGCGCUCGAAGGGAUGAUGCCGCCGCCGCGGAGCGUAAGCGGUGGCAGGACGAGGCGAGGAAGCAGGAGAGGGCAAACGGCAACAAGUGGCCUGUCGAGCGCUCCGACGUGGCACCGCCCCCGAGGAUCGUCAGCCAGUCUCUGGCCAACAGCAGCGUCCAGAUUCCCACGGUGACGUUUGACGACAACAAGCACAUCCUCCCCAGAAAUCUUCUGCAGCCGACACCGCCGCCCGAGUUCUUUCGGAACCGCAGUCUCUCGUCGACCGGCUUCCACCACGGCUGGGCCGUGGCUUCGGAGAAGCGGCCGCCGAUGGAGGAUCGAACCAACAGCUGGGGCUACACGACGAUCAACAUGCGCCUACGGAACGAGGUGUUCAACGAUGCCUUCCUGAAGCAACCGGUGGAGAUCCAGAAGCAUCGUCGGCCUCACCAGCGAUCCGUGCCACGGCCGGCCCUGCAGAGGAUCCUGCGUCCGACCAGCUCGGAUCCGGACCUCAUGCACGUCGUGGAAGCACCCAGGGAGGUGGAAAGGGUGGACGCGACCCCCGUGCGAGAAAUCCCAGCCCGGCUGCACUGCGAGACCCUGAGCGAUCUCGGCCCGAGCGUGGAUGUCGUCCGCCCCGACGGCGACGACGACAACGACGCGCCCGUCAAGGACGUGACGGGGACGAGCGCCCCGGAGCCCGAGAUUUUCAAGGACAAUCCGCUAAAGGCGAAGAAGAAGCGCCGCUUCUCUGCCGGCGGGCUGCGCCGGAGACCCGAGGACGUUCGCGAGUCGCGUGGUAGCUUGAAGUACUUUGAGGAAGCCGACGAUGCCGGCUACAAGGCUGACGACGCACCCCACCGUACCCCGUCCUCCGGCACGGCCUCGGCCCCCAACGGCGAUGCCGAGUCCGUCGCGAGCGCCGCCCAGCACGAGGACGCGGUGGAGGCCGUCGUCCCCUCCGGUCCGGUGCCCUCGAUGCCCGGCGACGCGUCGGCCGAGUUCAAGAAGAUUCCGCGGCCCAUGAAUCCAAAGGAGGCGAAGAAGGAGGGCGACAGCCACCAAGGGCGAGUGGAAUACUUCCUGCUCCUCGAGGAUCUGACGGCGAGCAUGAGGCGGCCCUGCAUGAUGGACCUCAAGAUGGGCACUCGCCAGUACGGGGUCGAGGCGACUCCGAAGAAGCAGAAGUCGCAGCAGGAAAAGUGCAGGACGACGACGUCUGCCGAGCUCGGCGUGCGCAUCUGCGGCCUGCAGGUUUGGAACGCGCGCACGCAGAGCUACGAGUUCCAGGACAAGUACUUUGGGCGGCGUGUCAAGGCGGGCCAGGAGUUCCAGGACGCGCUGCAGAAGUUUCUGUACAACGGCGUCGAGCUGGAGAGCGUCCUCCGGCACAUUCCGGUGGUGCUGAAGAAGCUGGCGCAGCUGGAGCAGAUCGUCCACGGCCUGCGCGGGUACCGCUUCUACGCAGCCAGCCUCCUCAUGUUUUACGAUGGCGACACCCCGGGCGACGGCGAUCAGGAGACCAUGUACGAUUCGACCACGGACGCCGCGACAGACACGGAGGAGUCCUCCCGUAGGAGGAAAAGGAACCCCCGGGAGAUUGACUUCAAGAUGGCCGACUUUGCCAACAGCGUGACGCCGUUUGACAACAUCGACGACAAGCCUUGCCCGCCGCGGCAUCCGGAUCAACCCGAUGGCGGCUUUCUCAAGGGCCUGAGAAGCUUGCGGCAAACCUUUCUGCAGAUUCAGCGCGACGUGCGUGCGAAGCUCGACUUGGAUCCGCAAGGGGUCCGCUCGGCUCGCGCCAGAUUCGCCGAGGGAGCCGGCACCGUCGAGCUCCAGGAAAACGGAGAUGGCCAGAUCAGCGUAUGA